AGGGAAUCUGUUAUUCAUCCGUGCAUUUUUACGAACUCAAACCGCGACGUAAUAUUUGGUCAUUCAGCCAGACCGUGGAAUAUGGUAGUGUCAUAUUUUUAACGUUCUUUAGGUAGUUUAUACUUUUAUUUUUACCUGUAGUUCGAGGGUUUAGAAUAAAACCGAUUGUUAUGGAUUUACUUCAUGACACAAACAACAACACCACUUUAGAGAAGUCGUACUCCUUAAGACCUCGUGCAUCCACCAAAAGAGAAGAAAACGACAUCGAAGAGGAGAACUGGAAACCACGAGGACGAACAAGAAAGAAGCCGAAGCAGAAGUCUCUACCCCUAAGCAAAUACAGGAGAAAAACAGCAAAUGCGAGAGAACGGUUCAGAAUGAGAGAAAUAAACGAAGCCUUUGAAGCAUUACGGAGAGCGGUUCCCCACCUUCAUUCAAACACAGAGAACCCAUGUGAAAAGUUAACAAAAAUCUCAACACUCAGGUUGGCUAUGAAAUAUAUCACAGCUCUUAGCAACGCUCUUCAGGAUUCUGAUCUGGACUCUGAUGGAGACUCCUUCCUCAGCGAAUGGUCAACUCCUCAAGAUACAGGGUCUUCAACUCCAUCAUCAACCAACGACCACGCCGACCUCUAUGACCACUUCUUCUCGCCGUCUUCCGUGGAGUCUUCUUCAUCCAACUCUCCUUACCUUUCUACUCUUCUUUCUUCGCCUACCUGUGACUACUCUCCACGUGCCAGUACGUCUUGUCUCAACCGAGUUUUCGAGUGUGCUUACAAACAAGAAGCGAGUGUUAGAGUAGAAGCUCCUCAGUUGACAUCCUCAACUCUAGUACCGACGUUUCCUAUCAAGAGUUCCUUGACAAAUUCUGCGGUAAGCAGUCUAGAGGAGGAUCUCAGUCACCACUUCCUCACCGCCGCGGACCUCCAGACCUCCCUCCUGGACGAGUUGGAUGGUCUUCCAUCCCCUUCUGUAAACAUUGAAGAUUAUCUUAUAACGUGACCUGUGUUUGUG